AUGGAUGAAUACGUCGGCCUGGUGCAAGACCACCCGGAGACGUAUCACUCGUUUAUGUUUGCGAAUUUCUUCAGUCACGUUGACAUCGACUGUAAGAAUGUCAACAUCCUGAAUGGGAACGCGGCGAACUUGCGGGAGGAGUGCCUCUCGUACGAGGCCAAGAUCAAGGCCCUUGGCGGAAUUGAGUUGUUUCUCGGAGGCGUGGGCAGCGACGGACAUAUUGCUUUCAACGAACCAGGCUCGAGCCUGUCUAGCCGUACCAGAAUCAAGUCAUUGGCUUAUGAGACCAUAGUGGCCAAUGCCCGAUUUUUCAAUAAUGAUUUGAGUUUGGUGCCUCGAAUGGCGCUCACGGUCGGUGUGCAAACCAUAAUGGAUGCAAAGGAGGUGGUUAUUAUAGCAACAGGGAGUGCGAAGGCACUUGCUAUUCAGCAAGCAGUUGAAGGUGGCGUGAGUCAUUUAUGCACUCUCUCAUGCCUGCAGCUUCAUCCUUGCAGUAUGGUUGUUGCCGAUGAGGACGCCACGCUUGAACUUAAAGUAAAGACCGUGAAGUAUUUCAAGAGUGUCGAACGAACAAUUCUGCAUGCAGGCUUGGACGAUGAGGGUUCCAAAACACCUCUUCCCCUCACUAUUGAUACGAAAAACUCGACAACUCCUCAAGACGGGGAGCUGACUCCGGAUAGCAUGUCAUCGCGCAUCGGGGAGCAGAAGUUUUGGGUUCACAGAUCGGCUACUAUUCCGUUCGCUUUAACUUGA